AUGGCCAUGGCGCCCUGCGCGGCGCUUGCCGUGGGGCGUGGCUACGAGGGAGAUCCCAUCGCACUUGUCCGGGACAGCUUCAAGCACUAUGUCGAGGCGGUGCUACAGCACUUGACCGAGCUGCAGAGGCGCUGGCAUCCCUUUGAAGCCGUGAGUGCGGGAAAGUGCAGAAGCUCGAAGCAGGUCGAGGAGCUGGCGGCGCUCUGCCGGGAAUGCGGCCUCGCCUCUGCCAAGGCAGUUGUCGCUUGCGACCGGGUUCUCCGACGACAAAUCCAGGAACCGAAGGAACACUGCGUCAGCUCUCGACUCGAAGCUAGCCCACAAGCUGCUCCUGACCAAGAAGAGGCGCAGGAGCUGCGGCAGCUAAUGGCGAAGCGCUUGCAGCGUGCGUACCGCAGAUUUCAGCAGCGCCGAAAACACAGCAAGCUGAAGGCCGGCAAAGUUCUGGCCACUUCCCUCGUCUGCUGCCUUGGCACGCAACUGCAGCAAAGCCUAAACUACUGGCGCUCCGGAGUCGCGAGGAAGCACGCUGCCGGUGUCAUUGCAAAGGCUGCCCAAGGCUGGCUGUCUCGACGAUGUGCACAUAGAGCUGCGAAGCUCUUCAAGGCACUUCGCUGCGCUGAAAACCAGCGGAGCUUCAGGCUGAUGCGACGACACUUUGCACUUUGGACCUGGAAAUUGGAAUUCUCUCAGCGAUGGCAGCGGAAGCGUGAGGAAGACUUAGCCCUCACGCCCGUCGAUGUUGUCGAGAAGCAACGCGACUUCUGGUGGCUAUUUCCAAGCGAUGGAAAGACUGCAGUCGCCAAGGCCCAAUUCGCUUGGUUCAAGAAGCGCCUGGCGUGGCUGGCAUGGGUGAGUGCAAUGUCCAUAGAGCGCAAAACAGUUGCCGCAUCCGCUUUGUUUGUUGUCUCGCAGUGGUAUCAACGGCUGCGGCACGGCGGCAGGUGA